AUGGCGCAGCCAGCGCAGAUGGGCUACGCGUACGGCGCCCCCACGCAGCAGGUGAUGGCGAAGCAGCGCUACCGGAUCUCCGUCCCAGUCGGCGACCAGGAGGGACAGCCAUUCCUGUACACCACGGAGGACUCGGAUUAUUGCAUGCGAAGCUUCUGCCCAGUGAACAGGGGCCUGAAGCUGAAGGUGCACAAUGGGCCUUCGAAGGACUACCCCGUCGUGCAGACGAUCCAUCAGCCGUGCUCCUGCGGGCCCGUCUUCACCGCGCCUUGUCCGCACUGCCGGCCCCAGUUCGCGGCAGUUGUGAGAGACCCCAUGUAUGUUGUCGGGUCGAUCGAAGAUCCGUGCCACUGCUGCAUCAAGGGGCAGAGGGUGAGGGAUGCGCGUGGCGCCGAGAUGUUCUCGGUCUCCGGUUGCAUAAACCAGUGGGGCCUAUUUUGCCCGUGCCGUGUGCCCGUGAGAUUCGAUGCCAGCAAGGGCGGGACCACGGUUG